AUGGCAUCUCGUGGUGACGAACUAAGUACGCAACGUUUGCUGCAUUGUUCUAUCUGCAGCAUUUAUCCUCGAAAUUUACAAGCUUAUGUUGAGCAUUUGGACAUACGACAUCGUGACGAAGAAGUAGAAGUAACAUGUCCGUUAUGCACUCAAAUAUUUACGUCUGUUGGUCGCUUUAAAACACAUAUGCGCAAACAACAUUAUUCAUCAAAACCAACGUUAUCAAAUCAAUUAUCGCAGCCAUCGUCAUCGACAACCGUACCAUCGAUGUCCAAUGAUGAUAUUGAUGAAGCAUCACCAAAUGAAGAUGAAACUUUAAGUGAAAGAGGUUCACUCCAAACUGCAAGCAGCAGUCAACGUUCAUUUUUUAAACGACCACGCCUUGAAAAUUCAAAAUUAUUGGUGUCUGGCGGCAGCGGAAGAAAUUCAUCGUCAUCACGUGGACUUUUAACAUCAACACGCAUGGAGACGAAAAACGAACCGGAAAUACCUGAUGAUAACAGUGUAGCAUCAAAUGAUCAUAUCAACGCCAUCAAAGAAGAAUUUCAAGAUAAUCGACAUGAUGAUGAAGAUUGGAGUCCUACAUCGGAAAGACGUGGUACAUUAUAUAAUCCAGAUUCAAUGCAAGAUGAUCUGCCAUCAGGUACUCGAACUUCAAAUCGUACACGUUGUUAUCCCGCAAUUCCAAUGCCUCCUGAAUUACCAGAAUUCUCUGAAAAAGUUCAACGUUACCUUGAUAUGGGUAAUGCUGCUCCGAUUUUACCUGAUUUAAUAUCUGAAGCGGCUGAUUUUUUUAUGAAAACAUAUCCUCAAUUGAAAACUGGUCGAGAAUAUCGUAAAAUUGGUUUAGCACUAAUUAAAAAACAUCCAUGUCUUGCGGAAAAAGGAAAUCAGUUUAAACCGGAAGCAUUAUUGUGUCGAAAAUUAUCAAUUAAAAUGCGUAAUAUGCGACAAAAAAUUCGUUCUUUAGAACGUAUGCACGGGGGCCAUUCGGAUAAAAAUGAAAAUCGUAUUCAUCAAAAUGAUGAUGCCUAUUAUGAAAGUAUCAAUAUUAAAUUACGUCAAAUACAAGGUCAACCUCAAUUUUCGACGUUAUAUAAACAAUAUUUGUCUAAAACACAUACACGACGUCGUGAAUGGCUUAGUUUGAAUGCUGAUUUAAAUUUAUAUGGAAUAUUACAAGAAUUACCAUUUAUGGCUGGAAAAGAAUUUUUAACGGGUGAAUAUGGUUUAUUGCGUGGAAGACAUAUAUCAUCGUUCAAUAAAGUCAUUGGUCAAGUACUCGAUGUUUUAACAAGUUAUUUCAGUAUUCGAUUACGUGAAAAUAUGGAUAUUACAUAUCGUCUUACACUUAUGCAAUUAUGUCAAGCGUUGAAUUGUAAUUAUAUAAUACAGAAUAAACAGAGUGAUGCUGUUAAAUCUGAACCAGAUGACGGUUCGUAUUUACGUUUAACAGUUAUGGAUUUUGUUAAUGGAACAUCGUCAUAUUUUCUGUUUUAUGGUCGUAAACCAUUAUGUGAAUUAGCCACUGGUCAAGGUAUAUUACGUCAAGCAUUGUUAUUAUUUUUAAUUACAUUUGAAGUGUACAUGGUCGAUAUACCAGAUGACUAUUAUGAAGCCUUGAGUUUAUUGAGAAUAGCUGUAUUUGGCGAUGUAUAUGAAGGAGAAGUGCCAGAAACAGAAGUGGCACAAAAAUUAUUGAAUAUUAUUGAUGAAACAGUAAAACGAUAA